AUGUCCAACGUUUCCUCCAUAUUGCAUAGCGGAUAUCAUAUUCCUCUUACUCGUGAAUGGCAAAGUGUGCGUCCGUUGACAAAGUCGGCUCUGAUGUAUCCCAUUUUUAUUUCAGACAAGGACGAUGCCAAAGACGUCAUUUCCAGCAUGCCCAACCAAUACCGCUGGGGCGUGAAUCGUCUUGAGGAAUUGCUCGAUCCACUAGUAAAGAAGGGCCUUCGCAGUGUUAUUCUUUUCGGUGUUUUGGAAGACUCAUCAAAGAAAGACUUCCGCGGCUCCCUUGCUGAUUCCCCUGACGGUCCCGUCGUUCGCGCCAUCAAGCUCAUUCGCAAUCGCUUCCCUGACCUUGCAGUCGCCUGCGAUAUUUGUUUGUGUGAAUAUACUGACCAUGGUCACUGCGGUUUGUUAUUCAAAGACGGCACAAUCAACAACACCGAAUCGGUCGCUCGUAUCGCCGAGGUCAGUGUAAACUAUGCUCUGGCUGGUGCCCAAAUUCUCGCACCCAGUGAUUGUAUGGAUGGUCGUAUCUUGGCUAUCAAGGAAGGCCUCAUCCAAAAUCAGUUGUCCCAUCGUGUGAUGCUUCUGUCGUACGCCGCAAAAUUUGCUUCUUGCUUUUACGGUCCUUUCAGAGACGCUGCCGACAGUGCCCCAGCGUUUGGUGACCGCAGCUGUUAUCAGUUGCCUCCUGCUUCUCGUGGCCUUGCUCGUCGUGCUAUUCAACGUGACCUACGCGAAGGUGCAGAUGCGAUCAUGGUCAAGCCUGGUACUGCUUUCAUGGACAUUAUUGCCGAUGCCGCUAACUUGGCUCCCGAUGUACCCAUCGCUACGUACCAUGUGUCGGGAGAGUUUGCCAUGCUCCACGCUGCAGCCAAGGCAGGUGUCUUUGAUCUGAAGCGUGUCGUACUGGAAGUUAUGAACGGAUUCAUGAGAGCUGGUUGUUCUAUCAUUUUGACUUACUUCACUCCCGAACUUUUGGACUGGUUGAGUGAAUAA